GGCAAAACGACGCAGCCUCGCUUGAGACUUGCAUUCUUUCCCACCCUCUCUCCAGUACGUAUCUGACCUCGGCGUCGUUGAAGCUCGCCUCUGCAGUACUUCACUCAAGCAUCUGCACACCAGCGCUCAGAUAUCAAGGCACGCUCGGCGACAACGACCGAGCUUCGCUUGGUGUCGCACAAGGCCACGCCUCGUUUCAGGACCGGAACAUCGCCGUCCAAACGUGCAUUCCCCUGUUCCCACGACGAACUUUCAAGCGCUUCCUGAGUUUGCAGUCCAUAGCCUGUUGAGAGACACGGCUUACACUCAAGCGCAUUCAUAAUGCAAUACCAGACUAGAAGCAGAGCUGCGGCGGCUACGAAGGUGUCCGCGCCCGUCGAUCAAGACGAAAAUUGCGCCCCUAGAGCAGCAGUUCAGGGCAAUGCUGUGCAGCCCGCGCGUGCUUUGAAGUCGAAGGGGUCCGACAUUCCUAUAGACCUGAAGGCAGGAACCCGCAAGAAGGUUAUCGCUCAGCCGGCCAAGGUGGUUGCGUUGACUAGGCAGGCAUCUAACGCGAAGGAAGUCAAAGUCCUAGGCGUAACCGUUGAAGCGGCGUCGAUCGAAGGACCGGCUGAUCGAGUGCAACCCACAAAGGCUGCCGUAGAAACCAUCAAAAAGAGAGCGCUCGCUCCUGCUGGCACCUCCGUGAAGCUCACCGAUGUCAAGCAACCGAUCAGGAGAACCAUAUCACAGCCUGCCGUUGCGGCCAAGAACCUUUUCAAGGAGAACGACGCCAAAGCGUCGGCAAAAGUCUCAGCCAAGCGUUCCCACAGCGCCCCAGAGGCUCCUACCGCUGUCAAGAAACGAAAGGUUAACACUGGUGUACCAGCUCCCGCUCCUCCUGCUAAAGACGAAGGAUGGGAAGACCUCGACGAGACCGAACGAAGUGAUCCCAUGAUGGUGACGGAGUACGCGAACGACAUUUUUGGAUACCUGCGCAGACUUGAGUAUAUGCAGGCUCGAACGAUUCCAAACCCCACGUACCUGAACAGCGAGGGUCGACGCGAUAUUAGAGUUCGUGAUUACGCCGCUGACAUGUUGAUCGAAACCCAGAACAAGCUCCACCUCACGGCUGAAACGCUGUUUUUGGCUAUGAACAUUAUCGAUCGAGUCUUGUCCGUUACACAAGUUACCUUCAGCAAGCUCCCACUUUUGGUCCCCGCGGCACUUCUCAUUGCCAGCAAAUUCGAGGAAGUCGGGGCUCCCAGUAUAUCUAAGUUCGUUUUCGUCACCGGCGACAGUAUCAUCACGGAAGGGGCGCUUGUGAGCGCCGAACGACACGUUCUUCGUUUCUUGAACUACGACCUUUCUUACUCCGGACCCAUGAACUUCCUUCGACGCAUCUCAAAGGCAGACGCAUAUGACAUCCAAACGCGAACCGUAGCCAAGUACUUUAUGGAAGUUUCUCUUGCUGAUCAUCGAUUUGUGCGCAUGAAGCCCUCACUGGUGGCGGCAGCUUCCUUGUGGUUCGCGCGGAUGUCCUUCCAGCAGAAAGGCUGGGACUCCACAUUUGUUCACUAUUCGGGCUACACUAAGGAAGAGUUCGAAGAAUGGAGGGCCCUCAUGGUCUCGUACUUGCAGGCCGCUGUCGACAACGGGUUCGACAACCGACCGCUUGAACGCAAAUACCAUUCCAAGAGAUACCUCAGAGUCUCGCAGCACGUGCUCGAUUGGUAUCACGGCUGCACUUCUCGCUAAACACACAAGACAUCAAACCGCAUGAUCGUUUUUCAUUAAAACGUGGCUUUUUCGUGUGCGUUACGGACCACUUUAUCACCCUGUUGUAUGGAGCCAUAG